UUCCUUUGCUAAAGAACCAUCUUUUUAAGAGUGUAGUCCAACUAAUUAUUUCUUUGGUUAAAAUAUUAUUGAGACGAGAAAUGGCUGUUCAGGUUAAAUACUAAUCUAAAUCUAAAGAUAAAAUCCUCUUCUCCUCAGUGAAAAAAUCCAACACAGCGGAUUGAUCUUUGACUCCUGUGCGCUGCAGGGCUUUGAACCUUUGCUAUUUAACGUGCUCCUCCUCAAACUAUACUUACAUAUGAAUGGUUGUAUAGGGACAUAGAACUGACAGAGGAGGAGUAGUUUUUUUUUUUUUUCAACUUUUUUUCAUGCUUGUUCGCCAUUUUGGUAACCCGGUGAAACGUAUCUCAGCAGGUUGUCCACAUCCACUGAUACACCGAGCUAAUUUCUGAGCUAUUACGGACAAAUAAGGACGGUGCUAGCAUGGAUCACUCAACUAAGAAGAACAACAAGAAAAGAGUUGCUAUAGUGGGAGGCGGUUUGGUUGGUGCCUUGAAUGCUUCCUUCUUUGCAAAGAGAGGUUUUGAUGUUGCAGUUUUUGAAUCUCGAGAAGAUAUUCGCUGUGCCAAAGUAGUGAAGGGCAGGAGCAUCAACCUAGCCCUCUCCCAUAGGGGGCGCCAGGCUUUAAAACAUAUUGGGAUUGAAGAGAAGAUUGUGUCUAUGGGCAUCCCAAUGCAUGCUCGUAUGAUCCACAGUCUGAACGGGAAACGUUCACCCAUACCGUAUGGAAAAAAGGGUCAGUAUAUCCUCUCUGUAGACAGAGCCAACCUUAAUAAGGAGCUCCUUUCAGUGGCUGAGGCAUAUCCAAACACAAAACUGAACUUCAACCAUAAACUGCUUGACUGGAGCCCAGAAACUGGGGCUAUGACCUUUCAUGGGCCUGAUGGAACUGAAAAGGACCUCCAGGCAGAUCUCAUUGUUGGCUGUGACGGUGCCUUCUCUGCCACCAGGAAGCAGUUCUUACGCCGCAGUCGCUUCAGUUACAGCCAGACCUAUAUUCCUCAUGGAUACCUUGAGCUCACUAUGCCCCCUAGGAAUGGUGAUUUUGCAAUGGAGCCCAAUUUUCUGCACAUCUGGCCCAGGAACACAUUCAUGAUGAUUGCUCUGCCCAAUUUGGAUAAGACGUUCACCUGCACGCUAUUCAUGCCCUUUGAGGAGUUUGAGAAGAUCACCACUGGCGAUGAGUUGCUUGGCUUCUUUCAGAAAAACUUCCCUGAUUCCAUCCCACUCAUAGGAGUGGAUGGUCUGAUCAGAGAUUUUUUCAGGCUGCCUGCCCAGGCAUUGGUGUGGGUCACAUGCUCCCCUUAUCACGUGCUGGACAGGUGUGUCCUAAUGGGUGAUGCUGCUCACGCUAUGGUUCCAUUCUAUGGUCAGGGCAUGAACGCGGGCUUUGAGGACUGCCUCGUUUUCAAUGAGAUCAUGGAUCAGUUUAAUGAAGACUUUGCUGUUGUGCUUCCCGAGUACACGAGAGUCCGUGCGCCUGAUGAUCAGGCCAUGGCUGAAUUAGCUAUGUACAACUACAUUGAGAUGAGAGCACAUGUAAAUUCCAGAUACUUCCUGUUCCGCAAAUUCUUGGACAACACACUCCAUUUUAUCAUGCCAAAAACAAUCAUCCCAUUGUACACAAUGAUCACCUUCACCAGAACACGUUAUCAUGAAGCAGUGACCCAGUGGCAAUGGCAGAACAAGGUGAUCACUCGGGGCCUGUGGAUCUUUGGGACAAUGUCUAUAGUGGGAGCGGCUUAUUUACUUCUCAAAUAUGGUCCCAAAAAGCCCCACAUUACUGUGGAGCAGCUAUGGAACCAAGUCCCUGCCCUCAAGUGGCUCCAGAACUAGAAGUGCAAUGAAAGUGGAAUAUAUUUUACAAGUCCCAGUUAUCUGGGGUCAAAAAGUGCAAGUAAAGCCAAAUUUUCCCCUGAUCCCCUGGUCCUUAUGUAAUCUCUUGCUUUAUUUCAUCAUCUGAGUUCAAAUUUAUACUCCAAACAUUUUGAAAGAUCAAUAACUCCCCUUGAGCUUGAAUUAAAUCGAAUCAGUUUGGGCAGAGAAUGGGGUCAGUGGUGCAUUUGUAUUCAGGAAAUGAUGAUGCUGUUUAAAAAGGUUUAGAUUGAACAAAGGCCAGACGAUUUUAUUGACCAGCCCUCUGCAUCAGUAAUUCUUAGCGGAAUAAUUAGAUGUUGGCAGUAAUUAGAGAAAUGUUAUUCUAGUUCAUUGUAAGGUCAGACAGGCCUGCUCAGGCCUAGCUGGAAGCACACUCAUGUGUUUGUGUGGGUGUAUUUCUAACGUGCUGUGAAUGUACGCUGUUACCCAUCAGUCAUUUCUGACUGAACAAUAAAAGGUUUUUUUUCUGA